CUGACGCUGACUCUACUAGUUGUGUUAAUAACGGCUACAACGUCCGGCAACAUUUUAUUCUUGGCAUUGAAUAUUGAAAAGAUGUGAGAAUUUGUGAGUAGACGAACUGUGCAGAGUUAAUUUCUCUUAAAUGUGGCAUUGUCUUAAUCUCAGUCGAAACUAAAUAGAAUAUAUAAACAUGAAUGUCACAACAAUGAAAAUGAAUGUCAAAGGAGUAGUAUUUGUUAAUAAGAACCAAGUGAGACGUGAUUUGAACAAUUUGUCCGAUAUUUCAAGUCAAGGGUGUAUAGGUGUUGUCCAUCAUGAUACUGAACUUGAUACUGAAAAACAAGAACGAAAUUCUUGCCAUUCUAACAAACCACUCCAAUGGGUAAAUAACUCAAUGAAUGAAACAGACGAAACACGUACAACCAAAGAUGUUUCCAAAAUUAAAAAACCAGUUCUCAACUUGGAGAAGAAGAUGUCAAAGUCUGAAGUUCAGCGCUGUAUGGAUUGGUUGUUUCAAAAACAGGGUGAAAUGGAGAUUGCGGAGUUUGGCAAAGGUAAAAUGAAUGUCCUUGAUGCCUUAAAACUGCAACAUACUAAAGCUACGGAAAUUCUUCAUUUUCGUGAAAAUAUUGAUUCUGUUUUAAAAUCUGAGAACUUGGAUGAGCAAAAUGCAAAGGAGUUAAAUGGGAAUUAUGAUUCUGUCAAGGCUUUAUCUGAAAAAAGGAACUCUUGCUUGGAAAUAAUCAGCCAGAUUGCUUCCUUAGAAGAUUUAGUCCAAAGUUUGUCUACUGAAUUUGAUUCUAGAUCAGUUCAUCUGGUCAAUACCACUGAUAUCACUAAACAAAAAGGUGGUCCCACACAAUCUAAUGAGAGCUUAGCCAGAACAGCCCAGAACUGCAUUUCGUCUGUGAGACAAAAUUGGAGAUGGGUGUUUCAAGUAAUGCAAUGUGCUGAAGUGCAUCUAAGAAAUGCAGCAGCUUAUCAGGAAUUUUUUCAGGAAGUGAAUGAAGCUGAAUACUGGAUGAAUACAACACUAUCACGCAUCCAUUUAUCUUUUGAUCGAUCUAAACUUAUUGGCAAUAAAUCAGAUGCUGAAAAAAUGCUUCAGGAAAUUAAGGAUGUCCUGGCAGCAUAUUUACAGUGGCAGACAAAGAUUGACUAUCUAUUUGACAAAGCCAAACAGGUUGUACCCAUUCCAUUGAGACUGAGAUCUCUAAAUGAUCCAAAGCCAGUCAUAGCGCUUACAGACUAUAAUGCUGAAGGACUUGACUUUAUUGAGGGUGAAACCCUAACAUUACUUGACAAUACGGAUAAAAAGAAAUGGAAGGUUCGUACAGAAAAAGGUCAAGUUGGUUUUGUACCAGCUGUGAUAAUAUUGUUACCAGCUCCUUCUGCUGAAGCAUUGGAUGCUGCGAUUAAGCUCAGACUUCAACUACUUUCUUUGUGGACAUCUAGUGUGAAAAGACUAGGAUAUCAAAUGAUUGCUUUUAUGCUGCUUGUUCUAAGAGAUUGGACAGAGGAAGAGGUAAAUAUGCUACAAGCUAUGGCAGCAAGUGAUAAAGUUGAGCUGUUGAGAAUCUUACAAUUUAUUGAAGACACUUUAUUAGAGAACUGGAAUGGUUAUGGUGAUUUCCAGGAAUUGCAAGAAAGGAUCACGAGGUUAAAAAUGAUUCUAGAGGAAUCAACAGAACUGAGUGGACAGGCAGCUGAUGCCCAAAACAACAACAUGUCCUCUAGUGUUGUGGUGCAAGUUAAAAUCUUGGAAAAUCUACUGAAUAAGUACAAAGACUUUUGGACAUUUUGGGAAACUUUUAAAUGUGUUGCUGAAAUGCUGAAGCAUCCUAAGUUUAUGUUAGUGUGUGACAAAUGGGAGCAACUAAGAUUUGUGACCUCAGCUCAUUUUGUAAAAUUUUGGGACACACAGCUGGAUCUUAUCCAAAAUGAUAUUACCAAAACCCAUGCUUCUCUGGUGAUGCAUGAAACUCCUAGUGAAGAGUUAAUCAGUAGUGAGGUCACAAUUGAAGAGGAAAAGGAAGAAACAACUACAGAUACUGUUACAACAGCUCUUGAGGAAGAGCAGCAUACUUUUAUUAUAACAGGUGUUCUUGAUCCUCGAGAUGGAAAAACAAAAUUGUCUCUUCAAGAUGCUAUAAUGCUAGGAAUUGUAGACCAGGCUACAAACCAAUAUAUAAAUCCUAAAACUGGACAAUCAAUGUCAAUGACAGAUGCUAUGAAUGAAGGCAGCGUACUCAUGGAGUUUGUCAGCAAGAAAAAAAUUAGAGAGGAGAAGAACUCAUACGGGCUCAUUACCAUAAAAAUAACAAAGGAGACCCGACCAUAUUCAAUAACAGGAGUAAUAGAUCCAAAAACGGAAGAAAAACUUUCUGUCACUCAAGCUGCUGCCCUUAACAUUUUAGAUACUCAUAGCUCAACUUAUAGAACUGAAAGUGGAGACAAAAUACCCAUAGCAGAUGCAAUACAUUCCGGACUGGUAAUUGUGGAAUACCAAGAAGGAGAGGAACUUAUCAAACCAGAGACUGUUACAAAGACUUAUGCUGUCCAUGGUGUUGUUGAUCAGAAGAAAAAAACAAAGGUAUCAUUUUCAGAUGCCAUCCGUGAUGGACUAUUAGCUAAGGAUACAGGUGAAUAUGUGAAUAAUGUCACAAAAGAACGAGUUGGUGUUCAUGAGGCUAUCAUGAAAGGAUUCAUCAAAGCUAGAAUCAUAGCAGACCCAAGCAAACUAGAAAUCAACCCAGAAAAUAAAAUAGUUGUAGAGAAGCUUUCCAAUGCAAAAUCUAAACUGCUAAAAUCAGUAAAAGCCCUAAAGGCUUUCAAAACUUUAGGAGUUCAGAAAUAACGUUUUAAAAAAAUCAGUUGAAGAAGGGAAGUAAAUAUCUAACAUUUA